UGAUAUGAAAAAUGUUGAUUUUCGAACAUAACCUCUCUAGUCGUACAGUGCAUAAUAAUCACAGCUCACAGCUGUCAUAAAAUAUUGUUUCUUAAUCAUUUACCAGAACAAGUACAUCAUAAAUACAGUUUAUCAGUAUAAAAUUGAGAAAAUAAUAUUCACAUAAAGGUCGGUUGAUUAUCUUCAUUAAAAUUCAAUAAUGUGUGAAGUAAUCGUAUUAUUCGACGGAUAUUCCAAAUACGAGGAUGACGUAAUGGAAGCCAACUGCAGUUGUACAUUAAUUAAGGGACCAAAAACAAUAAUUGUCGAUACAAUGACUGCCUGGGACAAAGACCGAUUAAUUGAAGCUUUGGCACAAAAUGGUGUACAACCAGAAGAAAUAGACUGCGUCGUUUGUACUCAUGGUCACGCUGAUCAUAUUGGAAACAACAAUUUAUUUACUAAUGCAGAGCAUAUUGUUGGUUGCUCCGUUCAUCGGCGGACAAAAUUUUAUAAAGAUCUCAGAAAAGAAGAUUAUCAUCCCUGUGAAGGAGUAAAAAUUACAGCAACUCCUGGACACACUGGAGAGGAUGUAACGGUAUUAGUCAACACAAAAAAUAAUGGACGUGUUGCAAUAACAGGAGAUCUAUUUGAAAAAGAAGAAGAUAUCGCGGAUCCUUCAAUUUGGAAAGAACAAUGUGCUUCAGAAUAUCUCCAGAACCUGCAGGCAAAAAUGCGUUGGUUAAUAAUAAAUACGUCGGACUUUAUUGUUCCUGGACACGGUCCAAUGUUUCGUGUAACGGAAUCUAUGAAAAAGCUAGUCGAGUGUCCAGGUGUGUAAGAGACAUGUAAACAAAGGAACAAAUAUCUUUAUUUUUUAUAUGAAUUUAAAUCAAAUUUAUUCAGUCUUUUCUAAAAAUUUUACGGUUUGACUGAAUUGCACAAGGGUACGAAUGAUACUUAAAUUUUAUAUUUAAAAAAAAUAUAUAUAUAUAUAAUAUAUAAAUGCAAAUAUAUUUACAAAGAUUUUUAUUAAACACUGCAUCGAUUAUCGUGUAUCACAAUAUUAUUGCUAAUUUAUGAUUACAGUAUAUUAUUUGUAUAUAUUAGUUCAUGUAUCUAUGUAUAUGACAAAAACAUUCGCUGCAAGGAGUACAAACUCCUUUUGGCAUUAUAAUAAAAAAAAUUAAUUUAUAAGUUA